AUGUUGGCUCCACUAGUCGCCAAGCUAUCCAAGCAACUGUCUUUAUUUCUUAAGUCGGCACCAGAACCACAGACGGAUCCUGCAGAUCAUGGAAACCCGGUACAUUUGGAUGUUAUCGUAGUUGGUGCCGGGCUUGCUGGGCUUGCCACGGCUAUCGCACUUGCACGAAGAAAUCACAAGGUCACGAUUUAUGAACAAGCACAACGGCUCGCGGAGGUAUGA